AUGAAUUCGCGGCUCUCGUUGGAGAGAGUCAAGACAGCGCCGGCGGGCUUGAAGACGAAGACUGUCUUCAACAAGGCUCGAGACAGGGACAGCAGCGCAAGCAGCAAUCGCAAGGCGAGGAGCAGAGGUUCUCCGGGGACUCGUGCGUCCAGGCCGCCUUCCGUUGCGACCCCUUACCCUUAUCCAAGAGACGAGUCCUCAGAACGGACAACUUCGCCACCAAUGUGUUGUCUGCCCCCUCCUCCUUCCAGCUCCACAAGCAUGACAGCCAUCAACCAUUCAUUGUUGGGCGACGUUGUUCAAGAAGUGCCGAGAGUACGCCCAGUGAAAGAGUGGGAGAGCCCAGCGCUCAUGGUGGAUGGCAGCGGAGAUGUAGCACGCAGAGGAACGACGUCGCUGCCCAAAUUGUGGAAGCAAGCUCGGAAGGAGGCCAAUGCACGACGAGAGGAUCGACAGAUUUUUCGACUCAGGAGGGAAUACGCGGAUCUGAUGACCAGCAGAUCGAAGAACGGGUCAGAAUCACCCUCGUCGAUGCAAUAUCUUGGUCAACACAAGUUCAAAUGCCCUCAUUGCAUUCACUGCCAGCACUCCGAACGCUCUGCAGAGCCCACGGCGCCAUCACAAAGUCAGACCCCGAAGAUCUAUCCCCAAAGUCGACCAAGGAGCAGUCGUUCAACUUCAGAUCUGAAGCACAAACAGAGCAGGAGUACCUUGGGCUCCAAAACCAGAAUGCCACGUGCAGUCAGCUUGAUGGCAGUGUGGAGCCGCCCUCGGACACACAAACAACGGAAACUGUACAAGAGCGGCUCAGACGAGAGGAUCCGAAGGGCGUCGGAAGCGGCGCUUUACCAUCUACGCAGAAUUCCAACAUCGGCAUCAAGUCGGGCCUAAAAGUCGCUGAUCGAAUACGGAAUUUUGAACAAAGGGCGGUUCCUUCGAUGUCAGCCAACGCGGCGACGCGAGACAAAAAAUUUCAGCAUGCAAAAGAUUCUUCUGGGUCUGAUCGGAGCCGCACGAGCAAGGGCGAAACGCCACUUGUCUUCCCUCUUCAUCUAAAGAAGUUCCGAAGACGAGCCAGCGGUGCAAGUCCAUUGCUCCGGGCAGAAACACCGCUGUAUCGAUCCCAGCCGGAAGGAUACCAAUAUCUUCAUGCACCUCUGCCGCAAAGACGGAGCACGCUGGUUGCGAACACACCGCCAGGAACCCCACCGCCACUCGAAGCGGGCGAGGACCUAGCUGAAUUGGCCCUUCAACAAGCCAACGACGAGGCCGCAAAGUCAGGGAGGAACAGGGAGGAGCAAAAAUCCACGCCUGACACUUCGAAUGAUGUCCUGUCAUCGACUGCACCCAGCAUUUCAUUGACAGAACCAAACAAGACAGACCCGGAAGACAUGUCCCCUGAACCCGCUUCCCGUGCUGCAUCACAGCAGUCAGUCAAUACCACUGCGGAUCCACCUCCAACUCGUGCAUUCCAGCAGCCAACCGCCGGUGGCAAAAGGACAGCCCGGGCAUUGCAGCCUCCAGCUCCCGUCGCUUCGAGCAAAUUUCUCUCACCGACUCUGAAACAGCGCAUCAACCCAUUUGCUCACUUUCACGGAACUCGUGGCACCUGUGUUCGACAUGGAAGAAAGUACGGCAACGGUAGCCGGGAACAACGAAGCGCGCCAGCGGUGAGGGAGAUGUUUGUAAAAGGCAGAAGUGGUGCGUAUCUACCUGUUGGCUUGCCGGAGCGGACAAAUGUGGAUGCGACUAGUCCUUGGAGAUAUCUGACGAAUCGUAUAGAUGCCUCCAAGUCGUACAGCGAUGCUUGCCCAGAUUGUGUGGCCGAGCUUCACAUUCGAAAGAGAGAGCUUGACCAAAGUUCGGAAGGAUCCGUGCAGCCUACGGUGCAAGCGGUGAGAAAAAUUGCAACAAAUGACGGGAGCAUGAAUCCAAUUGCUUCUGGUUUUGCAACUCUGUCUGUGCCAGCAGACCAGUCGAACUCAAAUCCACCAUCUGUGAUCGAGAAGCAAGGGGUCACGGAAUCGACAAAGCCUGCAGCGGAGACUCCAGAGGAAGUGAGCGUUCCUUUUGCAGGUGACAGUGCUGGUUUGUCCAGGGGAGACACCUUCGGCUCUACUCUCGUGGAGCCAUCCUCAAGCCUGAGGAGCAGUCCGUAUCCGGUCUCCGUGGCGAGUAGCAACGAGAAGGAAAAGACUUCGUCCAUGGAUGGAGACGGGCUGGCAUCAACUCGAGCAGGGUCAGAGGCUCAGUCUAGUUCCGGCUCUGUCAGGGAAGAGUCUUACCCGGCAGAUGGAGAGCAGCCUACAUCGCUCGGACCAAGAACAAAAUCUGUCCAUUUCCGCGAUCCGCCUCCCACCAUUGAAGGUGGACAGCUCGUCAUCUCUCGUGAUCUCGGGGAAGGCUAUGAUGCUAUGAUAUUGGAGCGAGGUGGACGUCUGGAAAGACUGGUAAUGAAUUCGCGUCAUGGCCAGCCGAACGCAGAAACGAUGGCAAGGAUUGCUCGCGAGCUGCUGAUGGUCUCAAGCGCUCUCAGUGAUGCUCAAGCUGGUCUGUCUCCCGAAAGCUCCACUACAAGCGAAACGGACAGGACUGUCGUCGUUGACAGAGGCUCUCACGUCGAGUUUGCGCAGGAAGUCUCGGAUGACGAGGUCAUCAGUCUCUUCGACGAGGCUACUGGUACUCUCGAACCCGGGCUUGCGCACCACACGCCCUCACCCAUCCCGCAUGCUCAGCAUCCUGACAUUGAAGGGGAAUAUGAGGCACUUCAGGAACAUUUUGGUGUCAAUGAGCCGUAUGCAUCCUUUGCCGAGGCUGGUGAUUCUCUCCUCAGUCGCCAAGCGCUUCAACCGUCGCAGCAAAGCACUUCGCGCUGGCCAAUUCCUCUCAAUUACUCCUUCGGAUCCACACAAUCUCUCAUGACAGACCGCUACAGGAGCUCCUCCGACGACUCACAGCCCCCAGCCUCCAUCAGAGUCAGCUCGCGCAAUUCCAAUAUGGGUUCAGAGGAAGUUCCGAUUACAACUUCCUCACCCGAAGCCGAGCAGAUGUCGUCCUCCCCUACACUCCCCUCGCAUGUUCUCCGCGCCGAGGAUACCAUGUCUCCAACUCUCCCGGAACCGCAUUCUCCGCUGUUCUUCACGAGUUCGACGGCGCCUUCUCUUGGUGAACCGAGUCCCAUCUUCGGAAAGGUUCUACCCAUCUACCCUGAGAAUCCAAUGUCGUCUCCACUUCCUGGUCCGCCUACACCGACUGCCGCGAGCCCGCAGGUUGCGCCGCAGUCUCCUCCAGAAUCUUUCCGUGAGUUGAGUCGCGCUGAUUCGAAAGUCAUACGGCAUGUGAUGAGGAUGGAUAUUCAGAACAAGGCUGUUCAGGAGGCUGCGGAGAAAGAAAGGCAGGCGAGAAGGCAGAGGAGCAUUCUGGCGGAUGCGAAAAGGGCGCUUGGGAUUCAUUGA